UCUGCAAGUGAGUGGAGAAGGGAUGUGAGGACCCAAGGAGAUGUUAGAUAUAGUAGAAAUUCUCUUGUCUCUCUAAACUUCUUGUAAAUCUUUAUAUGAGUGGAUGUGGUACCUGACAGAUGUGGAAUUAAGAUUGAGAUCUAUUCUCUGCCCAAGUUUUCCAUUUUGUUAAGAUGUUAUAUUGAAUGCAGCAUCAAGUGAAUAGAGAGAAAAAAGAUUUGGUUUUGAAGGCUCUUUGGUAUGAAUAGGGAGUCUUUUACUGGAAUUGUAGAUUUAGUUUUUUUCGGGGAGAGGAAGGGAGUAGAGAGAAUGCCUCAGAUGUUUGCCUGCUUUAUUUGUUGUCUGUAGUUGUAUAAGUUUUAGUGGAUUUGGAGCAAGCUAGAUGAGCUAGACCUAUGUAGAACACAUGUAGGGAAAGUCUCUUAAUUUCUAAAGCUGAGGUGAAAGGAGACUGUUUGCUCUUUCCUUUAGGAAACUUUAGUGGCUUUAUAUUGAUAUCUCUUGUGUACUGAUUUGAUCAGUGUGACUGACUUGCACCGCAUUUUCAAAUGGGAUGUCUUGUUCUACCUGAUCUUCCAACAUCACUCUGAAAUGUCACAAAUGCAUUUUAAAAAAAUCUCUUCUGGGAAAUGUCAGCAAGGCCAAGUGUUGGCAAGUCCAGGUGAGUUUUUUAUACUGUUUAGUGUGAGAUGUUCAAAAUAUUCUGUAAUUAUGUGUUUCCAGGCUGAAUGCAGAACCUGAUGGAUGGCAAAAGCUACUGUAACCUCACCUGUGCUGAGGCUCAGCACAUACAGCUGGCAAGGCCUUUCUGUGCGGACCCCCUGGUCACGUUUCAUGUGUAUCCAGAAACACCAAACCAGGUCCCUUUGUCCGAAGAUUUGUCAUUCCUUCCGUUCGUGUCGGAGCAUCUCAUCACAGAGACCUUCUACAGUGAGCCCUGCCCCUUUCCUUACCAAAUGCCCCAUUCCAGUUUCCACAAAAGUGAGUACUCCUAUGGGUCAGCUUUCAUCAGGAAGAGGAAUGAGAGGGAAAGGCAGCGUGUUAAGUGUGUCAAUGAAGGCUAUGCCAAGCUGAGGCAUCACCUGCCCAAGGAAUACUUGGAGAAACGGCUCAGCAAAGUGGAGACCCUCCGUGCUGCUAUCAAAUACAUCAGGUACCUACAGUCUGUGCUGUGCACUGACUCAGUGGUGGCAGGAAAAGGUGUCACGGAGCCAAACCAGGCACCUAAAGCCACUAACAAACCCAGGUUUUGAAGACAAUCUGAAGUGUUCCAAAGCCAGGCAAAGGUAUCCUGUCUGGGAAUGCAGUAGCCACUAUGUUAAUGACGUGUGUGUUCCUGGCACUUCUUAGGAGCAGAUCGUGGCACACGUCACUAUCAGCCCACACAAGAGCUUUAACGUUGCAGACAGUAACUACACUUAGAUAUGAGAAAGACAACGGGGAAAAUCUCAGCUGAAUGACCUAAGUUAAUUCAUGAAAAUCAGAGCGCAUUCCUAAAUUUGUCACCAAG